GCCGUUCUUGCACCCACCCGAGCAGAUCUUGUACCGACACAUAUGUUCUGGGAAUUUCUCCUACCAUGUAAACCGUCCUACCCGUUGUUCCUGAGCAUGUGCGCGCAUGCACACAACACAAAAAGGGAAGCAAAGCGCAUCCGGCUGUGAUUUUAUGCUACUCCGUUGUCAUUUUUGCAGGAAAAUAGGUUAGCUAAACACUCCGCCUGAAGCUCAGAAGAAAAUUUCUCCUUACAUUCGUAGAUAUGGAGAAGAAGUGGGAAGAGAUUUACGCAUUAAUUUCUGCGGGCUCCUACCCUUCAGGAUAUGACAAGGCUCAGAGGCAAAACCUCAGAAGAUAUGCCUCAAAAUUCAAUCAAAAGGAUGGAGAACUCUUUGUUGGAACCAGAAGAGUAGUAAAAACCAUGGAUGAUGCCAGGAAGAUAUUUCAUGAGUUUCAUUCAGCUCCAAUUGGAGGACACACUGGCACACACAAAACGCUAAAUGCAGUGUGUUCCAGAUUUUACUGGUUUGGUAUGACAGUUGACAUUAAAACAUGGAUUCUGGAAUGUGACCAGUGUCAAAAAGUUGGGAAACCACUGACUGCUGUGCAACCGUUGCAGUGUAUUCAGAGCUUUCCUGAGGAAAGUCUUUUUGGUUCCGAUAUGGACUACGAGCCCGUGCCCGGUCCAUCCCGACCAAGAUCCAGGAUGAGGGGUGCACCUAGAGACCGAGUGAGACGAUCCAGGGCCGGAAGAGCCACAGCUUCAACCACCCGCGGCAGCCGAGAGCAGGAAGGAGGCGGCCGUGUCAGAGGUCGACGUCGAGUUCGAGGUCAAGCUAGAACCCGUGGGGGUCUGCUCGCUGACCUUACACGGGAUGACUUAGAAAGGGUCCAACAACUCCGGCAACAGUUGGUGGCAGUGGAAGAGGCUAGGAUAAACAGACUGACACUAGAAGAGUGCCAACAGCUUCUACAAAGAUGUCUCACACGGGAACCUAGUCUCAUCUUUGACCUGAUGAGUCUCACCCCUGAUCACCCUCAACCUGGACCUUGUCCUCCACAGUCACCCAGCUGGUGUAUCUGCCUACAGUGCAGAAAUAUGGCAACACUGCUGGAACAAAAAUGCUGUCAACAACAACCACAGAACUGUACAUCACUGUUGCCACACAUGGACCUAUACAUCUUGAAUGAAGGUGCAUUGAGACUGGCCAGACGAAUCUGGAAUGACCUUAGAGCGGAGGCUGACAUCCAUGAGCCGGGAGAAAGCCAUAGGCAGUUCCGCUAUGCUGCAUACAGGAACUUUAUUGUCUGGCAGUAUGGCCUUCUGGGAACUGAUGUUAGAAUUGUUAUACCUUCAUGUUGUGUGUGGAAAAUUAGAGAUCGUUUCCCAGAUCCAAAUGGACAGUAUGUAAGCUUUCUUCAAUCAAGAGUGUAAAACAUUUGUUGAUGCCUAAUAAAUCUUUUUGUUAUUUACCUAAAAAAAAAA